AUGCCAUGGUCUGAACAAGUUGACUUACCCACACCCUGGUCUGAACAAGUUGACUCAAAGAAUUCAGGUGCACCGAUGGCCGCAACACAUGCCAAAUCUACUCUCAGUGGCCAUCGGUGCCCGGUCCCUUGCUGGCCUGAACAAGUUGACAAGAUUAUGCCUCGCCGAUCGCCGAUCGUCUGGGCGGUCAAACUGACGGGAGUUUCUGGGAGCACCGAGGACCAUGUUCCUCGGUGGCUGGGCUGGGAAGUUGAUACCAGCGAGGUCAAGGAUAAGGAUGCCAGGGAUGAUGAAUCAAAUAUCUCUAGUCAGUCUAUGAUGGGGCAUGGAUACAGUUGA